UUGUGGAAAAUGGAAAGCAAAGUAGAAAAGAGAAAUUUGGAACGGGAAAUAAGAAUACAAGUGAAACAAGGAUGAAAGAAAAACUACAGAGUGGACAAAGAACAACUAAAAUUGGUGUGGAGGAGGGAAAACUAAAAAGGUGAAAGUGGAAGGAAAAAUACGGAAGUGGGAAAAUAAAUUGUGGAAAAUGCAAAACAAAAAGGGGGAAAGCGGAAAAGAAGCUGAAAGGGUGGAAGAGGGAAAAAUCAAUUAUGGAAAAUGGAAAACGGGUGGAAAUGCUGAAGCGCAAUAUAAGGAAAUGGGUGGAAGAGGGAAGACAAAAUAGUAAAAGGGAAUCGUGUAGUGGAGGGAAAAUGAAAAAAGGUGCAAAUAUGGAAGUGGGAAAACUAAAUUGUGGAAAAUGGAAAACAAAACAGUAGAAAAGGGAAAUGUGGAAAAGGGAAAAUAAGUACAACAGAGAAACAAAAUGAAAAAACUACAGAGUGGACAUGUGGGAAAAUAAACGGAUGGAAGAGGGAAACGUGUGGCGGAGGGAAAACUAAAAAGGUGGAAGAGGAAGGAAAAAUACAGAAGAGGGAAAACUAAAAUGUGGAAAAUGGAACACAAAAACUCGGGAAAUCGGCAAAGAAGCUAAAUAAAAAGGUACAAGAGGGAAAACUCAAUUGUGGAAUAUGGAAAAAAUGGGUGGACAAGAGAAAAUGCAAAAAAGGAAAUAAAACGGAAGAGGUAAGACAAAAUAAUGAAAGGGAAUCAUGUGGAGGAGGGAAAAAACAAGGUGCAAGAAGAGGGAAAAUUAAAUUGUGGGAAAAAUAGAAAACUGAAAAGGGAAAUGUGGAACGGGGAAAAUAAGCACAAGAGAAAUUAAAGGAAAGAAAAACGAGUGGAAGAAGCUAAAAAAAAAGGAAGUGGGAAAAUAAAUGGAUGAAAGGGGGGAAAUAUGGAAGAGGGAAAACUAAAUUGUGUAAAAUAGAAACAAGAUAGGAGAGAAAAAACAGCAAAGAGGGAAAAUAAUUUUGGAAAAGGGAAAACAUGGACAAGGUGGGAAAGAAUACAUUUCACAUCAUAUUUAAGACUGAAAUGUUACGUGUAAUGGCUUGUGAAUAAAAUUACUACUCGUACUCGUGCUCAUUACCAAAACAUGAAAGAAACCAUUUUUGGUAUUUAACAGGCAAACCGUAUCUUAGAAUAUAAUAUUGUGAGUUGGGAUUUUCUUUUUAUUUAUUUGACAAGAGUCUAAUGUAACAGAAAAAACAAAAUUACAAUAUAACCAAGCCACAUUUACACUGAUCAUCUAGUUCAUAUUACAUUUUUGGACACCGAUAAACACAGUCCACUCCUCACUAUGCUUUUCACUACAUUUUCAACCAGAACCAUCAUUUCCUGUCCUCCCUCACUGGCCGACUCCAGGAAAUCCAGACCUAAGACGCGGAAGACGAAAGAAACCCCACGCGCAGAUUUGAGCCAUUAAGUUGGAGAAAAGAAAGGGUUAAAGCGGCACGCCUGGCUGACCUUUGUUUCUGAUCUCUCCUCAGAUCUUGGCCACUUUCUCUCGCCUCCUCUUGACCAGUGCGGCCAAGCUUGCUCUCGUGGCCUGAAUACAAAAUGGAGCGAGGUUGUCACAUCAACGUGGCCAUGCUGGACGACACGGGCGGCAACGGCCUGGCUGGGUCCGGCAUCGCCACGGUGACGGAGCCGGCGGCCAAGCAGCCGCACGGCUCUACCGUCAGCUUCCAUGAUGUACGCUACAAAGUCCACGUCCAGGGCGGCUUUUUCGGGAGGAAAACAUCUAGCUCUCGACAGAUUCUGAUGGAUAUCAACGGCAUCAUGAGGCCAGGCCUGAACGCGAUUCUCGGACCGACUGGAAGCGGAAAGUCAUCGUUUUUGGACAUUCUCGCCGCGAGGAAGGACCCUUCCGGCCUUUCAGGGGAGGUCCUGAUCGAUGGGGCGCCGCAACCGCCUAACUUCAAGUGUUUGUCAGGCUACGUGGUCCAGGAGGACGUGGUCAUGGGUACAUUAACAGUGCGGGAAAAUCUCCGUUUCUCCGCCGCCUUGCGUCUUCCCGCAUGCGUGUCAGAGCGUGAAAAAGAGUUGCGCGUCAACCGCCUCAUCACGGAACUGGGUCUUGCCAAAGUAGCCAACUGCAAGGUUGGCGCACAGAUGACUCGCGGCAUCUCGGGCGGCGAGAGGAAGCGUACCAACAUCGGGAUGGAGCUCAUCAUCGAUCCCCCCGUGCUCUUCUUGGACGAGCCCACCACGGGAUUGGAUGCUAGCACUGCUAACUCUGUCUUGCUGUUGCUGCGAAGGAUGGCCAACCAAGGCAGAACUAUCAUCAUGUCCAUCCACCAGCCUCGCUACUCCAUCUACAGACUCUUUGAUUCGCUCACCUUGUUAGUCGGAGGCAAGAUGGUGUACCACGGACCGGCGCCAAAAGCCUUGGACUACUUUGCAAACAUCGGGUAUUCCUGCGAGCCCCACAACAACCCUGCGGACUUUUUUCUGGACGUGAUCAACGGAGACUUCGCUGUCACCAGCUUGUCCAAAGUCAACCUUUCUCAAGAUUUUGAGGAGAUGUCGAGCUCCAGGCCGAGUAUUGAGGAGCGUCUGGUAUCGGAAUACAAGAGCAGCAGCUACUACAGCGACACGCUUGCCCAGUUGGAUCGCAUCGCUCAGGACAAACGACACUCGGCGUCGCCCGUGUCCCGCACAGUCACCUACAACAGCUCUUUUGGCCAGCAGCUGCGGUGGGUUCUGCGUAGAACCUUCCAGAACCUCAUGCUGAACCCGCAGACGUCCAUGGCGCAGGUUGUGGUGCACAUCUUCCUGGCUCUGAUUGUGGGGGCCAUUUUCUUCAGAGUGAAAGAUGAUCAGAGCGGUAUACAGAACAGGAUGGGGGCGCUCUUCUUCAUCACCACCAACCAGUGUUUCAGCACCGUGUCGGCGGCCGAACUCUUCAUUGCUGAGCGCAAGCUCUUCGCACAUGAAUACAUCAGCGGCUACUACAGAGUGUCGGUGUACUUCCUGUCCAAAGUUUUGUCUGAUAUAGCCCUGCGCACCGUCACCUCCGUCAUCUUCAGCUGCGGCGUUUAUUUCAUGAUCGGGUUGAAGUGCAGCGCGUCGGCCUUCUCCGUGUUCACGUUGACGGUGACGCUGGUGGCGUACACGGCCACCGCCAUGACCGUGGCCAUCUCGGCAGACCAGACGGCGGUGGCGCUCGCCAACAUCUUCAUGACCAUCACUUUUGUUUUCAUGAUGAUCUUUUCAGGUCUUUUGGUGAACCUUCCGAGCAUUAUGGACUGGCUGGCUUGGCUUAAGUACUUGAGUAUUCCUCGCUACGGGCUUGCGGCCCUCAAAAUCAAUGAAUUCGUGGGGCUAAAAUUCUGCCAGAACGCGACCGCCGCCGUCACCGGCUGCAACUGCAGCGCACCGACCACCGCUGGACCGACGUGUACGGGAGAGCAACAUCUGGAAUAUUUGGGGAUCCGCUACGACACGUGGGGAUUGUGGGAGAACCACGUGGCCUUGCUCAUCAUGCUCGUCGUCUUCCUCUUUAUUUCUUAUAUCAAACUUCGCUACGUGAAGAAGUUCACUUAAGAGGGAGAAAAUACAGUUUCAAACGUAGAUUCCAUAUUUUUUCUGUAUUUAUCUCAGCAGUUAACGUUUGAUAUUGUAGAUUAAAAUGACCUUUUUUUAUUGCGACAUGUUAUAUUCUCCGUACCAUAAAUAUAUUCAUGUAUCAGUAUCAUGAAUCCUGUUUUUUUCCCUUUGUCUUGAAUUACAAUACACAAUGGACUGCAGAUAGAUAGCUUGCUCUCCUCCAUUGGUAUCAACCACACACCCCAUUCUUGGUUCACUUCCUACUCCCGCUCCCAAUUUGUCAGACUCGGCCCCCACAAAUCCAAGUCCCUUCCCUCCUCUCUCACCCUCUGCCUAGAAGACAUUAACUAAAGGUUCUCCACUAACUUCCUACUUCUCAAUAGCUCAAAAACAGAAGUCCUUCUUGUAGGCACCUCCGCCAUGUUCACUUAUGACAAUAACUUCUCUAUUACCGUCAAUAAUGUACCGAUCUCUCCUACUCAGGUUAAGAAUCUAGGUGUCAUCCUCGACAGCACCCUCUCCUUCCUUUCCCAAGUCAACGAUAUCUCCAGAUCAUCCUACUUCCACUUUUGUAAUAUUUCUCGCAUCCUUCCUUCUCUCACCUGCCACAACACUUCCACUGUUGUUUGCAGUCUGAUCACCUCCCGGCUUGACUAUUGUAACUCACUGCUCUUCGGUCUCCCAAAUAAGUCCCUACAGAAACUGCGGCACCUCCAAAACUCAGCAGGUUACACUUAGCUUCAGGAGGUUGUUGGUGCAGUGAGGUGAGAAAUUGAGUUUUGAUAGGUGAUAAUGGACUCCUUGCCACAGAGAAGACAGCAGUGUUGUUUUUGGCAGCCCUUUUAACUUUCAUUUUAGUCUUUUGGACAAAAAUACUUAUUAGUCUUAGUCAUAUUUUAGUCAUUUGUUCUUCUAGUUUUAGUCGACAAUUACUCAAAAAAUUUUGUCGGUAAACUUAAAGAUUUUUAGUCCAUAAAUAAAUAAAAGGUUUCCAACAAUUUCAAAUGAAAACAUUGACAGACGGGCUAAGAAGGACAUAAACAUCUUCGUGAUGAUCAUAAACACAGCAGAAAAACAGUACAAUAUUUUCAAUUAAUUAAACUCACCUGGACGCCAAGAAUUAUGUGUAAGAAGUUUUCCAAGAGUUUAAGAUAGGGGUCCCCAAACUACGGCCCGCCUCCACAUUUGGUCCAGCCCCCUGAACAAUUUAUUUUUUUUUUUUUCCGAUAGUGUUAUUUAUUUCUUGGCUUUUUCUGUGAAGAACCCAGAGAGGGUUAUUUGGUUAUUAUUAGGGCUGUCAAAAUUAUCGCGU